AUGGUCAACCACACCUCCCCAGUGGGCUUCAUCCUGCUGGGCUUCUCUGAACACCCACGCCUCGAAAAGAUUCUCUUUGUGGUGGUCUUGUGUUCCUACCUCCCCUUUGACCGCUAUGUGGCUGUCUGCCAGCCCCUGCACUAUGCCACCAUCAUCCACCCCCGCCUGUGCUGGCAGCUGGCAGCUGUGGCCUGGAUCAUUGGCCUGGUGGAGUCAGUGGUUCAGACACCAUCCACUCUUCGCCUGCCCUUCUGUCCCCAUCAUCAGGUUGAUGACUUCGUGUGUGAAGUUCCUGCUUUGAUUCGACUGUCCUGUGGAGAUACCACCUAUAAUGAGAUCCAGAUGGCUGUUGCCAGUGUCUUCAUCUUGGUUGUGCCUCUGAGCCUCAUCCUUGUCUCUUACGGUGCCAUUGCCAGGGCAGUGCUGAGGAUAAACUCUGCGAAAGGGCGCAGGAAAGCUUUCGGGACCUGUUCCUCCCACCUCAUUGUGGUCGCCCUCUUCUACAGCUCAGUCAUUGCUGUCUACCUGCAGCCCAAAAAUCCCUAUGCUCGAGAGAGGGGCAAGUUCUUUGGCCUCUUCUAUGCCGUGGGCACUCCUUCUCUUAACCCUCUCAUUUACACCUUGAGGAACAAGGAUGUCAAGAGGGCCUUCAGGAGGCUGCUGGGGAAGGAAGUAGAGCCCAGCUGA